GGAAUGACAACAAAUUCGUUCCACUUUCUGUAUUGAGUCUACUUACAUGCCUUGAAUUUUCGCUCGCCAUGAAUUUAAAUAGUAUAAGAAUAAUUAAUCAAGAAAGUGUUGGUUGAAACUUGGCUGGAGUGCAGCCAUGGACGACCCAGAAGUUACAAUACAAGAGCAAAUGUUCCACAAUGCUGUCAGAGAACUGAUAAUUUCGUUGUUACUGUUCAUCUUGCUGUAUGUCGUCUCUUAUGUGACACUAUGUCAAUUCAGGAAAAGAGCAGACAACGAGGAUAUGUAUGCUGGAGAGGAAGAUGCAGCUGUGUACAGAAUAUCGUUAUGGUUGUGUACUGGAACCCUGUCAGUCUCUGUUGGUGCCGUCCUCCUACUGCCAAUAUCCAUCAUCAGCAACGAAGUCCUUCUCCUCUAUCCUGACAGCUACUACAUCAAAUGGCUCAACUCUUCUCUCAUUCAAGGUUUAUGGAAUCAUGUAUUUUUCUUCUCCAACCUGGCACUAUUUAUCUUAAUGCCUUUUGCUUAUUUUUUUACUGAGGCUGAAGGCUUUUCAGGUUCCAGAAAGGGAUUAAUGUCAAGGGUGAAAGAAGCAUCACUUGUUCUCUUCUUAUUGGGUAUUUUGGUUCUGGGUUUAGCAUAUGUAGCAUCAGCAAUUAUCAGUGGGGAUGAGAAGACAAAGCAAACCUUGUCAGCUUGCAUCCUUGAAUUGAACAGUAGAAAAUGUGUGGAUGUGUGGCACGAACACUUACCCUACCUGUAUUCCUGUAUAUCUUUCAUUGGUGUUCUUGUUUUACUUAUGUGUACCCCUGUAGGUGUUGCUCGUAUGUUUACAGUGAUGGGACAACUUAUAGUUAAACCUCAAUUUUUGCGAGGUAUUGAAGAUCAGUUGAGUACGUUAAGACUGGAGGAAGAAAAUUUGCUCCGAAAAAUUACAUACAGAAAUGGACCGUGUCAAAUAUCCAAUGGUCAUGGUCAUUCCAGUAUAGAAACCCUUAUUGAGACACUGGAAGACACAAGGGAAGCUAUAAAAAUGCUGGAGAGUCGCCAACACAUCUCAUUCUGGAGGAGAAAUCUUUGUUACCCAUUGGUCAUGCUGUUAUUACUAGCCAUCACAGUAUUCAGUAUUCUCAUUGUCCUACAGAACACAUUUUUAUUACUAGUUGGGACUAAGUCUUUGCCUAGAGGUGCUUCAGACACAGUGCUUGGAAUAUCAUCAUUAUCUUCAUUUGGUUCAAUAGGGGCAGCCCUGCAAAUUGUUGUGAUAUUAUAUCUAAUGGUAGCUUCAGUGGUUGGCUUCUACAGCCUGCCUUACUUACGUAAUCUCCAGCCCAGGAGAGGUGAUACAGCCAUGGUGAAGAUCAUAAUGAACUGUGUUGUUCUGCUUCUGCUCAGCUCAGCCCUGCCUAUCUUGUCCAAAACAUUAGGUAUAACCAACUUUGACCUGGUGGGUAACUUUGGCAGCAUGGACUGGCUGGGGAACUUCUACAUCAUCUUCCUGUACAACAUCCUCUUUGCCGUGUCCACAGCCCUCUGCCUCUUCACCAAAUUCACCGGGGCAGUCAGGCGGGAGAUCUAUGACCGCCUGAAAGCCGCAGUCCAAGGUGGGAAAAAAGUUUCUGCGAUGUCCCACGGAGUUGGCAGUGCCGCCAAUUUGACAAACGGCAAGACGGAGAGCAUGAAGGAGGAGUAGCUUGCACGACCCUGUCUUUCAAGUGUAAAUCUUAAAUCACAUGUACUAUAACACCGGAUUGGACUUUGUAUAUUUGUGCCUAAGGAGUCAAGGGGGGAAGGUAAUUUAUUGUUUUCAUAUUGAACACAGAAACAAAGGAUUCUCAUAGUUACUGGGUAAUUGGUUUCGUGAACUUGGUUUUAUUUCAAACACUGUCCUAGUAAUCCACCAAUUAAUGUUGAGUUUGGCAUCACCUUAAAAAUAGUAGUGCAAUGCUAUAUUUGUUUUGUAUUAUUCUGCAAUAUUAUUUUUUUAAACUUUUUUUUUAAGACGACUCUUCAUUUGACACUUACAUGACACUUUUUAUAAGUGCUUUGUGUACCAAAUCACGAGCUUGAUUGGAAGUUAUUUUUUUUUUGCCCAUGCACUUGCAUUAACAGAUCCUGCCUGAAGUUGCUUCUCCCAAAUUACAGUGUCAUUUACUUUACAAAAAAGUCUGAGAUUAUGAAAGCUAUUGUAUGCCUAUGUAAAUUUAAUGUAAUGUUUAUUGUUAUCCAUUUGAUGUUGUUCUAAUGUAGAAACAAAAUAUUAAAAGUAUCUUUUUCUUUAAUUGUGUAUCAUUUAGUAGUUUUUAUAGACUAUUCACUUGGAUGAAAAAUUAACCUAUAAAAGUUAUGAUUCUUAUGUUAUUUUUUAAUUAUAAGAGAUAGUUUUUAUUAUUCCUGUUUUAUUUUUUAUUUUUCUGUGUUGGUGUUUAUUUGCAAAUGGAAGCUACAUUUUUUUUUUAAAAAUGGUUUUAUUUAAUUAUAUCAGUAGGCCUAUUGUUCUAUUUUUAGUUGAGUUUUAGGUGAAGAAUUCUAAUACAUUGGUUUUAUUUUGAUUCGUUUCUUUUCGUACUUAAUUAGCUUGUUUGAGUUACAUAUCCUUAGUAAGCUUUGCUUGACAACUUACAUUUUAGUCUUGUUUUAAUUUGACACAUCUACAACUAAGUUUUCUUUCUUUUGGAUUGCAAAUCUUCUAUAGAUAUAGGCUAGGGUAGUUUGUUUAAAUUUUAAAAAACCAAAGUAUUUUAGUAUAUUGCCAUAUUUUUUAAUCUUCUAAACUUUAGUGCGCACAUUUUACAACUUGUCUGUUGUAAAAAAAAAAUAGCUGUUUAUAAACUUGAAGUACAAAAAAUUUCUUAGAAAAGUUUAAUCAUUUUUUUUUGUAGAAAAAAAAUCGACAACAGGGUGCUGGAACUAGUUUUGUGCUUUGUUUCUUAUAGUUUAUCUUUUGCUGUGGAAAUGAAUGUUAAUUUACACUUACUUUGCAAUGCAAACUCUAAUGUGUUUACUUUUAUCUAGUCUUUUUGUAAAAAAAUAAUAUUUUUUUUUACUAUAAAUCCUAGUUACUUGUAACUGGGGCAGAAUUUUUUUUCUGUUACUUUCAAAGCUUGAUGGGUAUCCAAUUAUGUGAGAUGAUUGUUUUUUAUGUUUAAAAGCAUCUGGAUGCUCAGCUGCUGUUUGCCUGGUUCCAACUCCUUGUAACUUCACAGACUGCUUAAAGAUUUGUUUCUUUUAUUUUGGUGCCAAAAUGUUUCUUUCAACCUGUUUAAGUUAAAACUCAUGUUUCAAGUGGGACCCAUUUACUUAAGUACCUGUGCAACCAUCACCGUGAAGGUGCAAUAGUCCUGAAAUAUGAUUGUCAAUGCAUGCAUUUGUUUCUUUCAUCACAAGCUUUAAACUGAGUACUUUGUUCAGUUUUUUAUAUUACCAGACUGUUGCAGAAAUGCAUUCCAUGUAAAUAUGUACAAUAGAUAUUUUCUGUGUUAAAAAAUGACUUAAACUAUGAACAAAAUCCAUCAGUCCGUAUUCAUACUGGGUUUUUGUAUACCGGCUCACACCUUGGUAAUCCAUUAAUUUUUGCAAAUUAGUAAUAUAUAGACAACAAUUAUGCAUUUCACUUUGUUUUCUUGUGAAAAAUACUUAAGAAAUUAUGAAGCAAUAGUUUGUUUUCAUAACUUUCUUUCAUUGUCAUUUGGAUAUGUGUCUGGUAAACUGUGUGAGGUCUAGUUGUUUAUUUCUUUUCCAAUUUUAUGAUUUAAUAUUCUAUCCCCCAGUUAGUCAUCUAGAGUUAUUUCCCAUUUACAGUAUAUUUAGAGUUGUCCCCUUGCUCUUACUUCUGCUACUGCCACAGUGAAUGUGCCUUAGACUUGAUUUAGUAAUCUAGUAUUAUGCUUGAUGUCAUGGUAAAGUAUGCACAUGAACCAUAACCAUAUCUUUAGUGUGUAACUCUUAAUCAUCAGCCCUGAAGGUCAACUGUCCCCUUCUUCACAUUAUCAGUACAUCAAGCUGCUCAAAUGCUUUAGUAAUGCUCAAUUUAAAAAUCAGGCCUAUGGCGGCUGUAUUUUUAUUAAUAGAAUAACUUUAUACCUAUACUUUAUAUUUUGAGACGUCUUGAUUAACUAUAAAAGAGAGAUGUUUUAGAAAUAAUAGCUUUAGACAGCUCAUUAGUUAUGGUAUAGGAUGCAUAUUUUUUCUUACACAACAUAAAAUGUUUUUAUUCUAGAUUGUUUAUAUUUGUAGUGUGAAGGGGUUAAAAAGUUCUGUAAAUUAUUUUUUUUAAUCUGGUCUAAAUUUUGAAUGACUGUGUUUUUCCCGUUGAGAUUAUUCUUUCCUUUGAUAGAAAUUUUGAAUUCUCAUCCCUGCUGCUUGAUUAUAAUUCAUAACUCUCAAGUAUUAACUUAUGUACACCUGUAUAAACAAUAUUUUUUAGAGAAAUAAUAACUUAUUUUGUUUUGUAAUAAGCUUUGUAAGCUCCAGCUUUUUUAUUAACAUGAUUAUGGGUUGUGCUAAAAAUGUAGAAAUAACAAAUAAUAAUUUGAUGUAUAGAAUCUGUACAUAGUUUACAUAAAUAAAACAGCUAUGUAUUUAUAUAUUUUUUAAAAAAUCAUUUUGAAAUAACGUCAACAAAAUAAGUAAAGAUAACUGUAGUUUGAACAGUGGGGCAAAUUUUAAGAAUUUAUAUUUGAAUUUAAUGCUUCUGCUAUGACAGUAUUACUGUUUACACAUGUAUUUUUAUAAACAUGUUUAAAUGUCGGGGUUGUUGUUUUUAUUAAUAUUAUCAUUUAUCAAUGAGAUAUUAUCAAUUCUGAUCCUUCACCAAAUAAACAAAUGGCAAUGUUGACAAUGGAGUGCUCAUUAGGUGUGAAUAUGAUAUGUAAAUAAAAUGUUUAUAAAUUUGUCGGGCUUGACGUUUU